AUGAAAAUGUUAACACCUUGCUUUAUAUUUUUAAUUACUUUUAUUGUAAGGACAUAUAAAAUAGAAAAAGGUAAUUUUGUAGUGUGGGAUGAAGCGCAUUUUGGUAAAUUUGCAUCUAAAUACCUUACAAGAACGUUUUACUUUGAUGUCCACCCACCUUUAGGAAAAAUGUUAACAGCCCUUGGUGGAUAUAUUUUUAAUCAACCUACAGAUUUUUCUUUUGCCUCGGCCUCAGAAUAUCCAAAAAAUUUCGAUUUUGCAGGAAUGAGAAGAUUUCACGCAUUGAUAUCUUCACUAACACCAGUAUUUAGUUAUCUUAUUUUAAAAGAACUUAGGUACAAUUUUACACAAAGAUUUUUACUGUGUAUGAUGUUUAUAUUUGAAAAUGGAUUUACAUCAAUAGGUAGAUUAAUACUACUAGAUUCACAUCUUCUUACAGCAACAUCAGCUGUUAUUUAUUGUCUUACUCGGGUCUUUAAAAGGAAUUUCCAGAAUACAGAUUUAUUUUUUCUUGGUAUUUGUUUAGGAUUAGUAUUAAGUAUAAAAUGGAUUGGAUGUUUUACAACAGCGCUAGUAGGUAUUUUUAUAAUUUAUACUUUAUGGAGACUAAUUAACUCCAAAAUGCCAAUCAGCCACGUUUUUCUAAUAUUUGUAAAAUUUUCUUUAUUUUUAAUUAUACUUCCGAUUUCUAUAUACAUCGGAAUUUAUUAUAUACACUUUUCUAUAGUCAAUAAAACAAGUACAGAUGAAGGACAUAUGAGCUCUUUUUUUCAAGCAUCUCUAGAAGGUAAUUCUCAUAAAAAAAACAGAAAAUAUAUUGCUUACGCUACUAGAAUAACAUUAAAAAAUGCGUGUCUAAGUGGGGGAUAUUUACAUUCUCAUCCUCAUAUGUAUCCUGGCAAAUCAAUGAAUCAAGUAACAACUUAUUCACACAAAGAUAAUAAUAACAAUUGGGCCUUUCAAAAAGUAUCAGAAUCAAAUACUGAACCUUUAUUUGUCACAGAUGAAGACAAGGUAGUGAUUUACCAUUUAGAGACAGCAAGGUAUAUUAAUGUCAGUAAAACACAAUCUUAUUUAUCACAAGGACUUUUGACCGGUGCGACAACUAUUCCUUUAACGAACGAUAACGUUUUUAUAAUCGAAACUUAUAGCGACACACACGCCAAAGAAAAAAGAAUUAAAAGUCUAACUACAAAAUUUAGACUUAAGCACUUUACAACAGGAUUGUAUCUUAAAAGCACAAAUAAAAAGUAUCCUGACUGGGGAUUUUCUCAAGGGGAGGUAGUGUGUACAGAAGACAUGGAUGAAGGAACACUUUGGACUAUAGAAGAAAAUAUAUCUGAUAAGGUAACAACUGAUAUAAAUCCAUUGUAUGAAGAGAUUUACAACAAAUUAUUUUUUAAAAACUUUAUUGAACACAAUAUUUUACAAUACAACGUAAAUAAAUCAUUUGUUCAGGAUGAAAAUUUAGAGCCAGAUGCGAUUGUUUCUAAACCUUAUGAAUGGCCAAUACUUAGAAGGGGAUUAAGAAUGUGCAGUUGGGAUGAAAAAUCAAUGAAAUUUUACAUGUUUGGAAAUCCUUUACUUUGGUUUUCAUCAACCUUAAGUUUAUUCGUAGCACCUAUUAUUUUUAUAACAAAAUAUAUUAAUUUUAAAAGAGGAGCAAAAAAAUUUAGGAAUAGACACAAUGAGGCUUACGAGGUAUUUAUAUGUGUAGGUGGAUGGUUAUUACAUUAUUUGCCUUUUUUUGCAGUAGGGCGGGUUCUCUACUUUCAUCAUUAUUAUCCCGCACUUUUCUUUGCAAUAAUGUCUUUAUGUUAUGUGCUGCGCCAUUUAAGUAUUAAUUUUGUAAGGGUUUAUAUAUUUUAUAUUAUAGGAUUUUACGCUAUCUUUUCACCAUUGACCUAUGGAUUCAUAGAUUCAAGAAGUCUAAAAUUUCUCAAGUUUAUCCCCUCAUGGAAUUUUAUAGAUUAA